UAAAAUCUCUUCUAUAACAAGUCCUUGCUAGAACUUGCACUCAUAAUGGCUAAAAUAUUGAGCUUCUUCUUGGUUAUAUAUCUCCUUAAUUUUUCACCAAUAUUAUGUUUAUCUAGCAAGGCCAAUAAUUAUGGUUACUUAGAUCCACAAUUUUACGACCGCUCAUGUCCAAAAGCUAAAGAAAUAGUGAAGUCUGUUGUAGCCAAGGCCGUAGCCAGAGAAGGAGGCAUGGCUGCCUCUUUGCUAAGGCUACAUUUCCAUGAUUGCUUUGUCAAGGGUUGUGAUGCAUCGUUGCUUCUGGACAGCAGUGGAACCAUAGUAAGUGAAAAGACAUCAAACGCCAAUAGGAACUCAGCACGUGGAUUUGAAGUAAUUGAUGAGAUUAAAUCUGCACUUGAAAAAGAAUGCCCUAAAACUGUCUCGUGUGCUGAUAUCUUGGCACUUGUUGCAAGGGAUUCUACUGUUUUAGCUGGUGGACCAACCUGGGAGGUUCCAUUGGGAAGAAGAGACUCUAGAGAUGCCAGUUUAAGUGACUCCAACAACAACAUUCCUGCUCCAAACAACACAUUUAACACCAUUCUCACAAAGUUCUUGUCACAAGGGCUUGAUCUUGUUGACCUUGUUACUUUACUUGGGGCACACACAAUUGGAAAUGCAAGAUGCACCAGCUUCAGGCAAAGACUUUACAAUCAAUAUGGAAAUAAUUUACCAGAUUAUACAUUGGACCAAUCAUAUGCUGCACAAUUGCGUACUAGGUGUCCAAGAUCUGGGAGUGACGGAAACUUAUUUUUCUUGGACUAUGUCUCCCCAACAAAAUUUGAUAACAGCUACUUCAAGAACUUGUUGGCGUCAAGGGGCUUGUUGAAUUCAGAUCAAGUACUUGCAACAAUGAAUCCGAUGUCAUUAGCUUUGGUGAACGUGUAUGCAAAUAAUAAUGAGAUUUUCUUCGAGCAGUUCGCGAGGUCUAUAGUGAAAAUGGGAAAUAUCUCACCUUUAACUGCAGAUAGGGGCGAAAUCAGGAAGAACUGCAGGAAGAUAAACUCUUAAAACUGCAGCCUUCAAUAGCAACAUAUUAAUAAUUAGUGUGCCGCUAUUUGAUGUAUUUUUAUGUAUUUCUUUUAACAUUAUUCUCAGCUUCUUUGUUUUUUUUCUCUUUUUAAUCGUCAGUUUGUAUUCAUCCUCACAUAGCAAGUUCAUCGUGGGUUGUCCUUGUCAUAGUGUGCUAAA